AUGCUGCAGAAGCUCGAGACUCUCUGUCCCACCAAACCGUAUGAGGAAUGGGUAGAAAACACUCAGAUCGAACAAGACUUGUCUGAUCGCGCUUCGACGAAUUUCACAUGUUCCAUGUGUCUGGAAGACGUAAACGGAACAGAUCUAAUGCACGUGUUGUCCUGUCGCCACGUAUAUCAUGCACACUGUCUGGAGCAGUGGUUUCUUGGGCGCCACUUUUUAUGUCCUCUGUGUAAUCGAGCCUUCUUCGAACAGAAUGAGCCAGGGCCAAAUAACGUCUAG